ACGUAGCUAGAGAAGUCGUCCAUGGCAUCGAAAUUUUUUGCACAAAUCCCCGCUGCCACGUGAUCCUGGAACCUCCUUUUACCCUUUUUUUUAUUCCCCCAACCGCCCUAAAGCUAGUUUGUAGCGAGUUUGCAACUACUACCAAGUAAGCUCCUCUUCUCUCUCUCUCUCUCUCUCUCUCUCUUCAUUUUCCCUGCAUCUGUUUGCACCGCCGCUGUUCGACAUUUGGCGGAGCUCCGGCCCUCCAACCCAAGAAUCUAUCAGAUGGGUUUUGCUCCUCUUGGGGUUGGAACUUAAGGGAUGUGAGAUUGGAAGUGAGAGAGUGUUGAGAUUGUCGAGAUCAUGGCAGGGGUUGAAGGAAGGUUGUGUGAGGAAUUUUCACCUGCAUAUUAUGGGCUCUGCACUGUUGGGGGAAUGCUCAGUGCUGGCGCUACCCAUCUCGCAAUCACGCCUCUCGAUGUCUUGAAAGUUAAUAUGCAGGUAAAUCCAAUUAAAUAUAACAGGAUGGGUACAGGGUUUUCCACUCUUUGGAAAGAACAAGGCCCUUCUUCUCUUUGGAGAGGUUGGUCUGGAAAGCUUUUUGGAUAUGGUUUUCAGGGUGGCUGCAGAUUUGGUCUCUACGAAUACUUUAAGAAGCUUUACUCGGAUGCAUUGAUAGAUCAAAACAAGAGUACCAUCUUCUUCCUCAGCAGUGCAUCUGCUCAAGUAUUUGCUGAUGUGGCUCUCUGUCCUUUUGAAGCCGUCAAAGUCCGAGUUCAAACACAGCCCUACUUUGCAAAGGGCUUAGUUGAUGGGUUUCCAAAGCUAUACUCAACGGAAGGGAUAUCUGGCUUUUACAGAGGAAUUUUACCACUUUGGGGUCGAAAUCUUCCAUUCACGGUGAUAAUGUUCACGACGUUUGAGCACUCAGUGGAUCUGAUUUAUCGCAACAUUAUGCAAAGGAGAAAAGAGGAUUGUUCAAGAGCCCAACAGCUUGGUGUGACAUGUUUAGCGGCCUAUGCAGCAGGAGCUGUUGGUACUGUGGUCUCCAACCCCGCAGAUAACAUUGUUUCCACUCUUUACAAUAAAAAGGCUGCCAAUGUGAUGCAGGCUGUGAAGAACAUUGGCCUUGUUAAUCUAUUUACUCGAAGUCUUCCUGUGCGAAUUACACUUGUCGGCCCUGUUGUUACCUUGCAGUGGUUUUUCUAUGACAGCAUCAAAGUUCUUUGUGGACUGCCAUCUAGUGGAGGGCUUUCCAGGCGUCUUGAAGAAGCUAACAUAUCAUCUGAAUAACAUAGAUUAGAUAAAGAACAGUUGAAUCGGAUCAAUUUCUUUGAGGAUGAGGGGAAGUCACCCUUAGGGCCAGAAAAUACUAUCGUUUGUCUCUGGCUUUUCGGCUUUGAUCCUUCGUUAGGCUACGGUAAAUAUAGUCGUUGAUCGGCAGUCUAGCUUCGUGGAACGUUAUGAUUUUGGGUAUAUAAGAUGUAAAUAGAUUGUGCUGCAUGCUUUUAUGUUAACGUGCAGCAGCAAUUAUAAAGUAUGAGCUUUGCCUUGGAAGACAUUUUGUAUACUUCAAAUGUUAUGUUAGUAGGGGUUUCAUGA